GCAACGCUGACGGCAAUGUUGACGUUUAAUUUGUCACGGCGAUUCGUACGGAUUUAUAUUUUGUGUAGGUUCGACGAAUAAUGUCAGUGACCUUCUCGUGAAUGGUGUGACGCCGCGUGACUACGUCCUCAUCGACGAGAUCCGCGAGCAUCCCACCAAGUUGUGAAUAUGCAAUCUUUUUGUGCACUAGGGCUUUGGCUCGAUGCAUAACGCGCCAUAUUGGUUUGAGAAAAUAUCGUCCAAGUCAGUAGAACCAUAGUUGCGUAUCAUUUUUACAUCGCGAAUAAAUUUUGUUUAUCAAGCUUAUUCCGACGAUGGAAGAGACAAAGAUUAUUUAUCACAUGGACGACGAGGAGACGCCGUAUCUGGUGAAGCUCAACAUAUCACCGGAAAGAGUUACCCUUGCCGAUUUUAAGAACGUUUUAAAUCGACCGAAUUAUAAAUAUUUCUUCAAGUCAAUGGACGAUGACUUCGGGGUGGUAAAAGAAGAAAUAGUAGAUGACGAUGCUCAUCUACCUUGUUUCAAUGGUCGAGUUGUUUCAUGGUUGGUCUCCGCCGAAGGUAGCAACGUUUCGGAUGGCGCGUCUCAAUGUACAGACUCUAUGGCACAUAGCGAAGCAAAACAUGACCGUAUUGAUCAUGCAAUACCUGGACAUGGUAAUAGAGGAAACGCUCCACUUUCACACGAUGACACAUUGACGGAAACAGAAAGCAUUAUAAGUAGUCGACAAGGACAUCACUUACAUAAAAGUUCGAGACAUCAUUCAGAAAAGUAUGAAAAAUACAAUAAAUAUAAUGGACUCCGGAUAAAUGGUCAUUCGAAACAUCGCUCUGGUCAUGGAUAUGAAACUGCUUCCAUCUUAAGUUCAGAUUUAGAAACGACAACGUUUUUAGAAUCCGACGAUGAUGCUAGUAGUCGUAUCACGUCAACAACAGGUCGACAUACCAAUAUGAGUAGUACGGUCGACAGGGGUACACUUGAUCGACGUCGACCGCAAAGAAAACGGCGACACAGAUUACCACCUAUGUCUCGAACGUCGUCAUUUAGUAGUAUUACUGACAGUACAAUGUCUUUAAAUAUUAUAACUGUUUCACUAAAUAUGGAUACUGUUAAUUUUCUUGGUAUUAGUAUUGUCGGUCAAAGCAACAAAGGUGGAGACGGUGGAAUAUAUGUCGGUUCAAUAAUGAAAGGGGGAGCGGUUGCUUUAGAUGGUCGAAUAGAACCUGGUGACAUGAUUCUUCAAGUCAAUGAUAUUAAUUUUGAAAAUAUGUCCAACGACGAAGCAGUAAGAGUAUUGCGUGAGGUAGUGCAAAAACCAGGACCAAUAAAACUCGUCGUUGCAAAAUGUUGGGAUCCAAAUCCAAAAGGUUAUUUUACGAUACCACGUACAGAGCCGGUACGUCCCAUAGAUCCUGGUGCGUGGGUGGCGCACACGGCCGCUAUAAGAGGCGAAGGUUUUCCGCCUCGUCCACCAAGUGCCACAACAUUAACUUCAACUUCGAGCAGUCUUGCGAGUACAUUGCCAGACACUGAACGACCCUUGGAAGAGCUUCACUUGACUAUUCAUACCGAUAUGCCAACAAUUGUACGAGCGAUGGCUCGAUCUGACUCUGGCUUAGAGAUACGCGAUCGAAUGUGGCUAAAAAUUACUAUUCCAAAUGCAUUUAUUGGCGCGGAUGUCGUGGACUGGCUGAACACGCACGUGGAAGGAUUUCUUGAUCGACGUGAUGCCAGGAAAUAUGCGUCGCUCAUGUUAAAAGCUGGUUACAUUCGACAUACAGUGAACAAAAUUACAUUUUCCGAACAAUGUUAUUAUAUAUUUGGUGAUCUGUGUUCAGCCAUGAGUAAUAUGAAACUAGAUAAUGAUACAGUUAGUCCAUUGCCACCACCAAGCGCUUGGGAUAUGCCUUAUUCGGGAACAUACGCACCACAUUCGGCAACAGGUUACAGUCCCAUGCCAUUUAAUUUUACAAAUGAGCCUACCGUGUACGGUUAUCAUCGAGAAGAAAGCGUGCACAGUGGUUCGGGUGGUAGCAGUGCGGGUAGCGAACGUAUUUGCAAGGAACCUAUUCACGAUUUAAAGUCAUGUUCUUCAGCGUCCGAAUCAGAGCUGCAUAAUCCGUCGGUACCAUCGAUGCCAAAUAAAAGUUCCGGCAAUGGUAAUGGAUCGAACGGAAAGAGAUCGAACGGAAGUCGCAGUCGUUCGAGUGGUUCCGAACAAUCUGUUCAAACAGGAACAGGAAAUCAGCAAAAUCAGCAAGACUUAUCUGGAUUGUCUACGACAAUGGGACAGCUAUUUCUUUAAAAUUGAGAAGAUGUUUCUAAAUGUUUAGUAACUCAGUCUUUUCUAUUAAAUAUUUUGAACAUUUCUCGACAUCUCUGUAGAAAUAUUUUUCGCGAAAAAGUGUUCGUGUAAAAAUUGUCGACUCGUUAGAAACUGAUUCAAGUAUAUGAGUGACAGACUUUUAUAUUGUGUAAAGUUAUUAUAUCUAUAUAUUCAAAAAUUAGUCUUUACAUUAUGCGACAUUGUAUUAGAACGAACUGUACAUACAUAUAUGCAAAUUAUGUCAUCAUAAAAUGUGCCAUCUUAUCAGUGUUACAAAAAACUGCGAGAUUUAUAAUUUAUAUAGAUGCUUGUGCACAGGUUACUAUAUCUUCUUAAAUUACGUUUAUCAUUAUUAUCUCUCACAUGCAUAAUUCACAUAAUGAACAGUUUACAUAUCUGUUUCAUUUAAGUGUUUUUAAGUGUGUUUUACGUAUAAUAUCAAAGUAUAUUCUUUCUAUUUAUAUGCCUUGCCGUUACAUUGUGUCAACUUUAUUUGCCGCAUUUUAUUACGAACAGGAAAUCCUUUUCCAUGCUCGAUUCGAUACUAUAAUACAGAAGAGUUACACUUAAUGAUUUACAUUACUAUCGUCGUACGCCAAGAUGAACUUUGAACCCAUAGGACUUGAUAACUUUGUACAUAUUUUAAAGAAAUUUUCUUUUCUUUCUACUGGCGGCAUUAAUAUCGUUGAGAUAUCCUUAAUUUUAUUUGCGUACACACUAUUACUCGUAUGGAGAGUAAGAAAACAGAUGCGAUAGUCGCUGUGCGUUCAAUGUUCCACUGUACAUACGACGAGUUGGUAAUAACUAAUCAAUAUAGCUUCACGUAUAUUUAUUGAUUAAUAAUUCGCACAUAUAUUCAAAUACAUAUCUUU